AUGAAAGUGAACAUUAAGGCAAUAUCAGAUGCUCUAGACAGCAUUCUUGCUGCGGACACAACUUCUCCAUCGGAAAAAGCACACACUGCAUCCAUUCACAGGCAGCCACUCCUCCUUUCACAAUCAAGUGUAAAUUCUUCUCGAAGCAAAUGCUCGAAACCAAUACCACCGGAAGCGUCAGGAGCUUCUUUUUCGAAUGGCGAGUCUGGGGCGGCGGCUGAUGCAGCAUCCGUUAUCGAGUCCUCUAUGGGUACAAAAAAUACUAACCAGAAACUAAAGGUUUCCCCCAGCGAUGGCCGUGAAAAAGUACUCUUUGCCAGGAAAGCGGAGAGAACAGGUCGAUCUCCUAAGAUUACCACGUCGCACGAUCAAGAGAAUUCGCCACAACUGAGUGGCACGACGAAAAACACUGAUACUGCAGCUGCAGACUUUUUUGAAUGCAUCAAAAGCGUCGAGCUAGUUGCUUUCAAAGUUGUGGAAGCAACAGGCGUCGGUGUCGUAUCUGCACUACUGACGCCACAAAACGUUGGACGGUGCAUUUCUCGAUCUCAGCUGCCGUCGAAGAGCUGGGUCACAAACACUUCCCUUUCUCGUGAAGCUUCCGUGGUUUUCGAGGUUGAGAACCGAGUGGACAUGCGGAGAUUUAGAGAGCUGCCCUCUGACACGUCCAGCAGUGGAAGCGCCCCACCUGUGGGAGACAACACCGGUACUUGUGUGCAGGACUUUAUUGCCGUGCUUUUAGUGGAGGAUGCUAUUGAGAGACAAUUAUUUCACCUCCAUUCUCCGGUUUUUCCUAAUCAAGAGCGGGACGCUUUCAACGUUGUCAUUGAAACCUCCAGCUCCCGGCAUGGUGGCUUUGUUACUGCCGCCUCUACCGCAGCCGCUCCCAGCAGUGUGACUACCCUCAAGAUACCGGGAACCCUUCUCAACGCCUUUGUGCGGAUCACGAUUAGUCCUCCGGUGAUUGAACCUAACACGAAACUGAUCAAAGUGCGUGCGGUCUGCUUUUUUCGCUCAGAUAGCUGGUCAACACAGAAAGCAGCACCGGUGCAGAGAGGCCGUUCGUCUCUCAAGAGACAGGUACAAGCUACUUUGCGAGAGAGCGCAAAGGCAGCUCCCCAAGAUGCACAGUCGGUCAGCGAACAGGGAGAAGAAAGAGGCGUUAUAGUAGCCGGAACAACUCAGGCUCCACCACUUUCUCUGACGAAGCAUGAGCAGGAGAGGAAAGAUGAGGGAGUCGCGCAUUUUUCUAUAUCGGAUUACGAUAUUGACGCUGAUGUUGCCGGCUUUGUGAAAGCCGUUGCGCUUGCGCGUUCACGCCAAGACAGUGCAACAGCAAGGCAGUCGAGCUCACGCGGUGGUUGCAACAUCGAAUACGAUUGGCUUUUAGACACGUUGGUGGACGUGUCAACGACAAAGGACAACACUUGUCGAAAAGCAAGCAUGCCCGAUGCAGGUGACGAGGCGCCGGUACUGGAAUACAUUCGCACUCUUCAGGCGUGGAACAGUGCACCAGCCUUGAGUUUGAACGCGGCAGUAACCUACUGCCUGUCUGAAACCACCUCCUUUUCGGCGAGUACGAUAUUUGCAACUGGGUUGUUUAGCCACGAAGCGCAGAAUCAUCUGUCACAGCCCUUCAAGCUUCAUUUUUUUGUAGUUUCUCCCUCUGAUGAUGUCGACCAAACCAGUGAGCAAGCAUAUUCUUCGGGUGUUCGUCUGCCACCAGUACACUUUUUGGCUGCAAUUGCUAAUCAGGCCGCUUUGUUAGGAUGCACUACGGAGCUUCUUUUUACCUGUCCGGUGAACAGCGGGUUCGGAUGCGCGCUUCGGACACACAAUUGCACCUCCGGCGCUCAAGACGCUCACUACAAGAUUAUCUUCGUUGUUCCCGUGCAGGGCAGCAGCGAUAUGAAUGAAGGCGGCACGACCAGUGUUAUGAAGUGCCUAUUGCGCACUGCCUUGAGCAUUUUUUGUGAGCCCUCCGACAGGCGAGGUAUCCGUCUGAGUCAAGAAUGUCCUUUUUCUUCGUAUAGUGCUCACCAAUGCGCGAAGCCGUGUGGCGCACUACGGCUGCUGAUAGACGGGACGCGCUGCUUUGAUGAUCUGAUUCCCGUUCUUGUAGAGUGGGCUAAAGUGUCAGGGAGCCUACGAUACUAUGGCAGCGCAGCGCAGCGUACUCUCCAGCUACUAUUUUUCCCUUCCUGGUUGGUCAGCAGUGAUGGUGACGGCGAACAAUCCGGUGUUUUAGCUGAGCUUCGUCACGAGGCGCAGUGGUCCGGCCUAAAUCUCCGGCUAUCGGGUCUCUGGAGGAAGAGCACAAACGAAGUGGACAGUGUAGCCGAUGACAUUGUAGCCUUGGAGGCUGAGUAUCACUGCCCCGCGACAUAUGUAUGGCAGUCGCGGCGCGGAGCACUGCGACUAGUUCUCACUGAUGCUCACUUUAUGGAGUACUUCGCCCGCAUGGACGGGUUUGUGGCACCUUCUCCGCUUGUCAGCCUCGCCACGAGCUACUCCGGAAAGGAGGUGGGCGGGGCAACGCAUACUCUGCCACUAACUACUCUCAGCGAGGCACCGUGGAUGACACUGCUGCAAGCCGCCGAGAGGUUGCGUAAGAGCACUACCGCAUCGGCUGCGACGCCGGGAAAGGAUGCUGCUGCCGAUUUCUUUGCCCUGCGCCGUCGCGUUACUGUCUCUUUUGCUUUUCAUAUCCUCAGCACCGCUUUCAAGCGUGAAUGGGCUCGCGUGAGCGCUAGCAUCCCGCUGUGCGACGGACACAUCCGAGCUGCAACGCUUGAGUUUCAAAAUAUGCACGUAUCUUCUCUCGGGGAAAGAGCAAGCGGUGGAAAUGGCAUGUGCAGUGCUUUGAGACUUUUGGACGAGGAUGCUUUUAUAGACACGCUUCUGCAGUGGCAGUACCCGUUCCCCAAUGUGGUUGUGCUACAUUGCACGGAUGUACUAAGUGCUGCAGGCCCAGCGCCCUCGCUCACAUCGACAGCAGCUCUUUGCACGUCGUCCUCAAGGGUACGAGAGGGUGUUCUGUCUCUCUUUUCAGAAGAAGUACUGCACUCUUUCGCUUCCGUCUCUGAAGUAGAUGAGGCUCUGUCGUGA